GGCACAGGGCCAGGGUCUUGUCCAGGCUCACAUGCCUGCUGGAGAUUCCAGGCUGGGAGACAGAUCUGCCAAGUUCCCUUGGUCCCAGUCUGGCCCGGACAGUGGCCGGCAGCAUGAGCUGCCCAGGGGCAUGGGCAUUGCCCUCCGCUGUGCGGGUGCCCAUGGGAGGGGCCCAGGGCGAGCUGCUGCCUUGCAGGCCUGGCCGGUGCUGAGCCCCCGGCCGCCUGGCCAGCUUCCCUGCCGUUAGCCCCCUGAACCGGGCCAGAGGGGUCCCUGAGGAGCUCUGGACGCUAAGUCCCAGCCCCUCUCGGAGGAGGCGGGCAGCAAGUCUCGGCAGCCAGAGGCUUCUGAGCUCCCAGCUCCGGAGCCAGAUGUAACAUUGACCUUAAAUGGUAAAAGCUCCCCAGAGUGAAGAGAGGCUGGCCAGAGGAGGAAAAGGGAAUAACUCAGUUUUAGCCUGUGGAGCCCAGGCCUCCUGGAGCAUCUGUGGGGCUGACACAGCGGAGUUUCCAGGCACACGCAGCCACUCCCGCCAGGAGGCUGCCAUGCCCCACAUCCCUGAGGACGAGGAGCCCCCCGGAGAGCCACAGGCAGCCCAGAGCCCCGCCGGCCAAGGCCCUCCCACCGCAGGAAUAUCUUGCAGUCCACCCACCAUUAUCCUGACCGGGGAUGCCAGUUCACCGGAAGGAGAAACUGACAAAAGCCUGGUCAACAGAGCUCACAGUCCCCACAGGAGGCUUUCUCACCGACACUUGAAGGUUUCCACUGCUUCUCUGACUUCUGUGGACCCUGCGGGGCACGUCAUUGACCUGGUAAACGACCAGCUGCCGGACAUCAGCAUCUCAGAGGAGGACAAGAAGAAAAACCUGGCGCUGCUGGAGGAAGCCAAGUCGGUGAGUGAGCGGUUCCUGACCCGCCGUGGGAGGAAGUCCAGGAGCAGCCCCGGAGACUCCCCGUCAGCUGUUUCCCCAAACCUCAGUCCCGGAGCUUCUCCUGCGUCCUCUCAGAGCAACUUGAUUACCGUCCCCUCGCCGCCCGGUUUGGAUGCGUGCAGUAGCCCACAGUCCCCUCUGCCUGGAGCAACACCACAGAAAGGGGAUGAGGCCGAAGUCUCUUCACCUCACCUUGGCAAGCCUAAUGUCCUCAAAGGGUUAGCUGACCGGAAGCAGAAUGACCAGAGGAAAGUGUCUCAGGGCCGGCUGACACCCCGCUCUCCUACAGUUGAGAAGUCCAAAGAGAUCACGAUAGAACAAAAGGAAAACUUCGAUCCCCUCCAGUGCCCGGAGGCCGUACCCAAGGGCCCAGCUUCUGGCACAGGCGGUGGUGGGAAAAUGGCCCUGAACACCCCCCAGCCUGGCCCUGUGGAGAGCGAGCUGGGGAAGCUGCUUCCAAAGACAUCCAGGGAAGGCAACCCUCUGCCCAGAAGUCCAGCCCAGGGGUCUGGAGGUGCAGCUUCCCAGGCCCCCCAGGGAAAAGGUACAGUUGUAGAGCCCACAGGGUCCAAAGUUGGCUCCAAAGCUGAGCUGUGGCCCCCUGCAUCCCGGCCACCCCUGCUGCGGGGGGUCUCCUGGGACAGUGGCCCCGAGGAACCUGGCCCCCAUCUCCAGAAAGUGCUUGCCAAGCUACCACUGGCAGAGGAAGAGAAGCGUUUUUCAGGCAAAGUGGGCAGCAAGAUGGCCAAGGCGUCUGGACUCAAAGACUUUCAGAUACAAGUGCAGCCUGUGCGGAUGCAGAAAUUGACCAAGCUCCGUGAGGAGCACAUCCUGAUAAGAAACCAGAACUUAGUGGGGCUCAAGCUUCCAGAACUCAGUGAAGCAGCUGAGCAGGAAAAAGGGCCCCCUUCUGAACUCUCCCCAGCUACUGAGGAAGAAGAGUCCAAGAGCGGCUUGGAUGUCAUGCCCAAUAUUUCUGACGUGCUGCUGCGCAAACUGCGGGUCCACAAGUCUCUCCCUGGAAGUGCCCCGCCACUCACUGAAAAGGAAGUUGAGAACGUGUUUGUACAACUGUCCUUGGCCUUUAGAAAUGACAGCUACACCCUGGAAUCUAGAAUUAACCAGGCGGAGAGGGAACGCAACCUGACAGAGGAGAACACAGAGAAGGAACUGGAAAACUUCAAAGCUUCCAUUACGUCCUCAGCUUCACUCUGGCACCACUGUGAGCACCGCGAGACCUACCAGAAACUGCUGGAAGACAUUGCUGUCCUGCACCGCCUGGCUGCCCGACUCUCCAGUCGGGCUGAGAUGGUGGGGGCCGUCCGCCAGGAAAAGCGCAUGUCAAAAGCAACAGAAGUGAUGAUGCAGUACGUGGAGAACCUGAAGAGGACGUAUGAGAAGGACCAUGCAGAGCUCAUGGAGUUUAAGAAACUUGCCAAUCAGAAUUCAAGCCGUAGCUGUGGCCCCUCUGAAGAUGGGGUUCCUCGCACAGCGCGGUCCAUGUCCCUCUCACUGGGAAAGAACAUGCCCCGCCGGAGGGUCAGCGUUGCCGUGGUUCCCAAGUUUAAUAUCCUGAACCUGCCUGGCCAGUCGCCCAGCUCAUCCCCCACCCCCUCCUUACCAGCCCCGUCAGAAUCACCCAACGGGAAAGGCAACCCACCUGUCACCUCAGCACUGCCUGCACUUUUGGAAAAUGGAAAGACGAACGGGGACCCUGAUUGUGAAGCCUCUGCUCCCACGCCGACUCCGCACUGCCUGGAGGGGAUUAGCCGGGAGACCAAGGCCAGGCUGGAGGAAGACGCGUACAGCAAGGGAUACCAGGAAGGUCUAAAGAAGACCAAGGAGCUUCAAGACCUGAAGGAGGAGGAGGAAGAACAGAAGAGUGAGAAUCCUGAGGAACCUGAAGAGGCAGAAGAAGCUGAGGAAGAGGAAAAGGAGCAGAGAAGCAGCAAACUUGAAGAAUUGGUUCAUUUCUUACAAGUCAUGUAUCCCAAACUGUGUCAGCACUGGCAAGUCAUCUGGAUGAUGGCCGCCGCCAUGCUGGUCUUGACUGUCGUGCUGGGGCUCUACAGUUCCUAUAACUCUUGUGUGGAGCAGGCUGACGGGCCCCUGGGGAAAUCCUCUUGCUCAGCCGCCCAAAGGGACUCCUGGUGGAGCUCGGGACUCCAGCAUGAGCAGCCUACAGAGCAGUAGGAAACCCGACACCCGGCUGGUGCCCUGCUCCACACAGCCUACCGCCCUUUCCCCAAGCAUGAUGUGUCAGGCCCACCGCUGCUGUCAGGGAAGAGCGGGGGCUCUUUCAUACUCGGCACCCCUGUGGGCGCUAUUCAUACACAGUAAGCAGUGUUCUUAGAGGAUCAACAGAACUGCUCUGGGAAAGCAUCCGUGGGCGAAGAAGUGGCCUUCACCGGGGAACUCCAAUGGAAGGGAAGGUUGCUCAGAUGGCUGGGGAGAAACAAAACACCUUCCCUACAGGGGACAGUGCGAAGCUCACUCUCCCCCUUUUUCUUCUCUGCGGUCAGAAAUCAGGAAGAAUUGUGCCUAAAGGCUCACUCUGACCCCGAGGAUCAGACCUGGAAUUUGGAGUCACAACAUGAAUAUCUUCCCAUUUCCCAUCUCAUUCUUACUGACUCUCCUUCAGCCUCCCUUCCUCCCCUUUGGAAUCGGAGUUUCUCUUUACAGAAGUCGGAAAAGUUUCUCAAAAAAAUCAUUAGGUUGACUUUAGCUCAGUGCUCGAAAUGAAAUGGGAAGAUAUAAAUUAACAUAUGCCUCUGUACACACACACACACAGCAUGCACGUGCAUGAAGCCAACUACCCUCCAAACGUGUGCUCUGGGUGUGCGUUAGGGAUAAAGCCAACCCCCAGAUUUUCACUAGGUGUGGGGCAAACACCAGGCACCUGUUCACGAGUUCUCCACGUGGACUUAAGAUGUUUGAAAAACACUGAAUACUCAUGGCUUCCAUGGCAAACUUGCUGAUCUCCAUUUCAAGUGCUAAUUCUAAGCUGCUGUACAGCAUGGUCUGUCCCCUGUUUGCUCUCUCCCCAGCUGUGAGCAGUUAACCCGCCUUUCAGGGGAAGGAGGAGACAGGGCGUGCUUUCAGCUGCGCUGUGCCCAGAUGAAGGUGUGCAGCUCCAGCUCAGUGCUCCAGUUCCAGUGGAAUUCCCAACCCAAGUGUAUGUGUCAGAGCACUCCCCUUGUUCAGCGGAAAACUGAGAGCAAGUCCCACCUCCAGUCUGACUUCGCGCUCCACCUUUACAGUCACUGCCUUCCUUCAUGCCUCGUCAUUUCCAGGGGUGUUGGUUUCUGUGUGGGUUUCAUGGAGAUGGCUUUGCUUUUGUUUCUGUUUUGCGGUGGACAUUCAUCUCUGUUGCUGACACUCGUAGAACUUAUUUGAGCCAAGUGCUGUUCUAGGUAUUAUGUAGGUCUUCAUCCACUGAGUUCUCAAGAAGAAGAAAAAACUAUGACUCUUCCCAUUUUCAGAUAAGGAAACUGAAACACAAAAUCACAAGUAAUUUGCCAAGGACACCCAGUUAGUAAAUCAUGGGGCUAGGAGUCAGACGCAGGCAGGCUGGCCCAGGGGCUGUGCUCUCAACCCCUGCACUAUUUUUUAUUUUUUUUUAAUUGAAGUAUAAUUGGUUUACAAUGGUGAGUUAAUUUCUGGUGUACUCAACCCGAUCUAAACUGCCUCGUCCAAAGGUCUCCUAGCUGGACGUCUUCCAUUUCAGCCCCAUUCCCCCAAGUGGCCCUUCAGCCACUCCAAGCCAUUUCCGGUUCCCAAACUAAAUUGUUUUUGCUCAGUAGUUUUUCUUCUGCUGCACCCCCUUCUUCUGGUUAUUCUUCAGGACCAAGUGCAAACAUCAUUCCCUUCAUAGAGCUUUGAUGGCCUCCUUCCAGCUCCCCACCAUGUCCCUCAUAAUAGGUCACACCCUUCUCUGUGCUUUCUGGCACUUUUUAAACAUCUUCAUUACUACUGCUAGUGACCAUUAGCAGAGUGCAUCAUAGUAACUUAUUUAUGUGUCUGUCUUCCCUAGCAUUCUUCCUCAAAGACAAGAACCAUGUCUUACCCAUUCUCUGGGUAAGUGCCCAGCAUGGUGGCUGCUGCUUGGGAGGGUGUCAUUAAAUGUUGGUCAAAAGAACAAGUGAGCAUUCAAGGUGGUGGAGAGCAGGUUGGGAACAGCUGACAUUUUGCAUGUUUCCCAGCACCAUUACCACCACCAUCUCGACAAGAAAAAUAACAUCUUUAUGAGCCUCAACUUACUCUGAUAUUUUUCAGUCUGCUUUGUGACCCAGCCAGCAACACCACUUCCAAGCUCAAGGGCUGGGCUUGAUGUAACCACUCCUUUCAGAAAGGCCCAGCUAGACCAGGCUCCACUGUAAGACAGCAUGUUGUUGUAAGGAGGGAUAUCCUUUCCAGUGGAUGGAAAACCGCUGUGAGGGGACCCCACGCCAGGGUUGACCAAGGAUGUGCCAUUAAGGUAAAGAGGUGCAGAUCAAGGCAGACAGACUUUGGCAGCAUGAGGGGAUGGUUUGCCCUGCCUCUUCCAGGGGGACCAGACACACUGAAGGAGCUUUAGGCCCUUAGAGCCAAAGAGAGGAUGCAAAUGGAGCUCCAGAGAAGAUGGCUGUAGGGCAAGAUUCUAGGCUGGGAGUGUCCAAUCUCAGCCUCCCUUGCAGAAAGACCAGACUGAGCUGGCCCAUUGUCCAGUUGGCCGCAAGCUUCCCACCUUUGUUUCCAGUUGAGACAAAGGCCGAGAGAGGAGCUGCAGUGAGCUCUUGAACCUCCAGCUGCUCCACAGAAAGGCCUGCAUGACUGCUUCCAUUCAGCCAAACUGCUCUGUGAGUAAGGGAGGUUGAGGACAAGAGGGAGCAAAAGAGUAACCACAUUUUCAAGGGCAUUUCUGAAAAAGGGCUCAUCGGUAUCUCUUUUCUGAAAAGCAAAGAUGGACCUGAAGCAGUUGGAACUGUUGCCGAAGCAGCAGUGAAAUGGAGAGGAACAGGCCCUGUAUUUCCAAUAGUGGUAUUGAUCAGAAAUAAAAGUUCCCUUCAAAAUGCCUCUGAAGUCUAACGUCUCUGCUUAGGACCCUAGGACUCUGUGUUGUUGAUGUCAUUCUUGAUGUCACCUCCUAAAAGGACCUUCACUUUCCGGCUGCCACAAAGCCCACCUGUGUCGCUCCCCAUGUACAGCCUGGCUGAGUAAGUGAAGAGAGAGAUGCUGGACUUGUGUAUCACUGGCUGUCAGUUCCUAAUGUUAAACUUCACACAGGUGUGCUAGCAUUGAAAUAUAGAGUGUCACAUACCUGAGUUUGAAAAUAAAAGCACAUUUCCAAAUCUUUGGCAGCA